GUCGAGUAGUGACAAAGGCCCAUUCAUGACUGCGUUCUGCGCUCUGUUUUACUUGAUUGCUUGCAGUGUAAGACUAGGCAGAGGAAAGCUGCUGCAAGCUAUUCCUAUUCUCAGCAACGACUUCUUUGAAUUAUCGACAUCAGGCGACGCCGUGCAGCUUCGACACGACGACCAGCAACAAUUGUGGAAGUCAGCCGUCAACGUUGCAGAGCUUCGCUUGCUGCGUAAUGACUAUAUUGCGUACUGGGAGCCUCAAACAUGUGUAGAGAAACGAAAGUCUGAAGGGAAAAGCGGUGUUAACGAGAGUGGCGUGCAGGUAACGUUUGUGGAUGUGGCAGAGCGAGUUGGAUUUACGCAUUCGUACAGGCUUCAUGCGCCCGCCAGGCCGCAUUGUUUAUUUGAUUUCAAUAUUCCCAUUUUGAAUUCGUCGGAUUUCGUGCGUCUAAAGGGAGAGUUCUGCUUGCCAGAGCAACUUUCUGGCGCAGCGGCUGUUGGUGAUUAUGAUGCAGACGGGCUACCGGAUGUAUUUUUUACGGUAUUUAACGGCAGAAGCAAACUGUACAGAAACAACGGAAGUGGCACUUUCUUAGAUGUUACUGAUGAAGCUAGGGUUGGACCUAUGCGUUUUGGAAGUGGAGCAGCGUGGGCCGAUUUUGAUGCAGAUGGAGAUUUGGACUUGUAUGUGACAUCAGUUGGAGACACACGCCAUUUUCUUUAUAUUAAUCAAGGAGGACGAUUUACUGAAGAAGCCAUAGAAAGGAAUUGUACAGGGUCACAGCCCGAUGGUCGAAGGUUGUCUGGGAUGACACCCAAUGUUGGUGACUUUAACAGAGAUGGUUAUCCUGAUCUUUACAUCACAGAAUGGAUAUUGCAUCCUGAAGAAAAGCAUUCUUCAUCAAGACUUUUCAAGAACGUGGGGAUACAAAAACCAGGUUAUUUUGAGGAUGUGACAUAUCAAGCUAACGUUGAUGUUGACAAGUUCACAACUUACAGCAAAGAAGCGCCGGGAACAUUUACGUUUUGCUCAUCAAUGACUGACUUUGAUGAGGAUGGUUGGCCAGAAUUGUUGGUCACUACUGAUUAUGGAAAUUCAAAGAUGUUUUGGAACAACAGAAACGGAACUUUUCAUGAAUGCACUGAAGCGUGUGGACUCACAGCAAGAGUGGAUGCAAUGGGUCACGCAAUAGGAGACUGGAAUGGUGACACUCAUCUUGACUGGUUUUCUACAGGAAUUCAUGAUCCCAAAAAUCGCUGUAGCGAACUUGGCUGCUCAUUUAGCACUGAUGGGAAUUCACUGUACAGAAAUGCUAAUGCAGGCGGUCACGGUCGAUGGUUUGUUGAUGUUGCUAACGAAAUUGGUGUGGAAAAAGGCUGGUGGGGCUGGGGAACAACUAUGUUUGAUUUCAACAAUGACAAAUAUAUUGAUUUUAUUAUGACAAAUGGCUUUGACUCAACAACAACAACUACAGAUGAUAUGUAUGCAACUGAUCUCAUGUUACUGUGGAUGAAUAGAGGACUUGAGGCAAACUUAACAACAGAAGACGUGGCAAGAAAUGUUGGUCUCAACAACAGCAAAGAAGGUCGUGGUUUAGCAAAGUUUGAUUUUGAUGGUGACGGAGAUGAAGAUGUUGUUGUCAGUCAUUUGAUUGGUAAGCCAUCACUGUUUGAGAAUGUUGGUGGAAAUUGGAAUUUCUGGCUUCGUGUCCGUGUUGUGCAUCAGUGUCCUGGUCGGGUGUUUCAACUGUGUGACAGCCUGCAUGCACGUGUCGAAGUGACAUCAGCAGAUGGAUGGAAACAGACACAAGAGAUUGGCUCUGGGGCUCACUUUAUGGCACAGAACGAGAUUGAAGCACACUUUGGAUUAGGCAACAACUCGGAUGGUGUCAGACUGUAUGUGUACUGGCCUUCGUAUAAUACACAUGUCACCUACACAAAUGUUCUUCCAAACAAUCAACUGAAAGUUGUUCUACCUAGAGUAGGCCACAAUCAUGUAAACUCGACAAUAAAUUACAGACAACUGAUUCAUUGUCCACAACUCCAGAUUGCAUCUGUGGAAAUAAAAAGUGGCUUGGGUGCUUUUGUGUGGAUUAAUCCAUCUCGUCAGACUAUAGGUGUUAGGCUGGAUGACUCUUCAUUUGUGCAAGUUGUAUUGUUGGAAUACACCGUGACUGUCGAUCCACCAUAUCUGGCAGAUGGUCUCAAUGCAACUGCUGUAGUUUAUAUAGAGAUAGAAGAGACAGAUGUUGUCACAGAACAGGAUGGCCAUUGCAACCAUCAAGAAAAAGCUACAUCUGCAAGUAUUUGUUGCAGACGACUUGAUGGCAUUUCAAAUAAUCAGAAUAGAACAAUGCAAGGAUCUGCUACAAGGCAGCUGGCUCGAGACAUGCCAUCACACUAUGGAGAUGGCAUUGCCACUCCUGCUAGUCAAUGCACAGCAGAAACGAGAAGUUCAAGACAAUGUUAUUUUUCAGGAGAAUUUGCUGGUGAAGGCAGCACAAGACCAUCUGCACGAAAAAUCAGCAACAAACUCUUUCAUCAGAUUAAAGACAUGCCGUCAGAACGCCAUUUAAGCGACAUGUUAACUCAAUGGGGACAGUUUCUUGUUCACGACACAGACUUUUCCAGCCCUCUACCAAGAUUUGAGUUUCAGACGGUUAGAAGUGACGUUUGGGCUCCAAUCUCAAUACCAAAGUUCGACGUUCACUUUGAUCCUUAUGGGACUGGGAAUGAACACAUGCCAUUCAUACGAUCCACUUACGAUCGAGGCUGUUCUGGCAGAGCAGUGGGAUUGCCACGUGAACAGAUUAAUAAAAUUACGUCAUACAUUGAUGCCUCUAUGGUUUAUGGUUUGUCUGAGGAAAUAGUGAAGAAACUUCGGACCCUAACAUAUGGUAAAAUGAAGCUACAGAACAAUGGAAUCAUACCAUUCAACACAUUUGGUUUGGCUAAUGACAAUCCACUAGGCAGGCCAGCCACGACUCUGUUAGCAGCUGGUGACACUCGAAGUAAUGUGCAGCCUGGACUCAUAGCUCUACACUCACUUUUCGUUCGAGAGCACAACAGACAGUGUGAUAUCUACCUGAACAAGUUUCCCAACGCAACUGAUGAUGAAACAUUUGCAGCUGCUCGGCAAAUUGUCAUUGCUGAAAUUCAAGCUAUUACGUUUCGUGAAUUUCUACCAGCUCUGUUUGGUCGUGACAUGCCACCGUAUAGAGGAUACGAUCCGGAAGUUAACGCUGAUGCUGGAAACAGCUUUGCUACUGCCGCAUUCAGAUAUGGACACAGUCAGGUGAAUACUCAUUUACUGCGAUUUGAUAAAGACUGGGAUGUAAUUUCGGAAGGACAUUUGCCACUCAGAGACUCAUACUUUGCUCCUGAGAGAGUUAUACAUGAAGGUGGCAUUGAGCCUUUGCUACGAGGAUUUGUCUAUCAGCCAGCACAAGAGAUAGACACUAAGAUGGUAGACGACCUACGUAAUGUAUUGUUUCCUGUCGGUCGCCGAGACGGUUUGGAUCUCGCUGCAUUGAACAUUCAAAGAGGUCGCGACCACGGCCUCCCAAGCUACAACCAAGCUCGUCGGUACCUAAAACUCCCUGCACUAAAGAAUUUCUCAGACAUUUCAUCGGAUGAACAAACGGUGUCCAUCCUGGAGCAACUCUACCCAACUGUCGAUGAUAUUGAUUUGUGGGUUGGGGGGUUAUCUGAAGACAAACCAAACGGCAGCUCGUUGGGACAAACAUUUGAAGUGAUUCUUCUUCACAAUUUUUUAAAAUUUCGUGACGGUGACAGAUUUUGGUACGAAAGACUGCUGAGUGACAAGGAGAUCGAGUUUGUGGAGAAGAACUUGACUUUGUCACAAAUCAUUUGUUUGAAUACAGAUUUUGAUGACGUGCCGGAGAAUGUGAUGUUCUCAAUGCAACGGUGUGCAUUCGUUAGGCAACAUCAGUGCAUCUCGAAACCUGCACCCUCAGUGGCAUGUCCACAACAGACUUAAUUAAGGCUAGCACUAUAGAGUAGCAGCUGGUUGACACUGUGUAAUGUGUGUGCAUGUAUGUUUAGUUCAACUUCAACCAUCGUCCUUGUAACACGAGGCAGCUCUUUUAACAUGCACGCUGUUCUCGAGUUGUUGGCUCUGACCAUUAAUAGAUGUGAAUAGUACACAAGUACAGCGUUUGUCUACGUUAUUUGAACAUCUGCAGUGUUUGCUAGACAGACAAUAGACAUCGAGUAUGUGUGAGA